AUGACGAUCUACUCGCAACCGCCAACCACUGCCAUCAUCAUCGGAGCCGGAUUCUCCGGCCUGACGAUGGCAUGCCAAUUGAAACGGGUCUUCAAUCUCGAGGAUUUCUACAUCUACGACCGCGCAGAAGGAAUCGGAGGGACGUGGUGGAGCAAUACCUAUCCAGGUUGUGCGGUCGACAUUCCAGCCAUCUGCUAUAGUCUCUCCUUCGCGCCCAAUCCGAAUUUCACCAAGCUUUUCCCUUCGCAGCCGGAGAUUCUGGACUAUGUCCAUGACGUGGCGUCACAGUAUGGAGUGCAUUCGCAUUUCGUGGGGGCCACAGAGUGGAGGGGCGCGAGGUGGCAGGAAUCCACGAAGACAUGGACCGUGACGUUUGAGAAUCUUCGAACGGGGCAUAUCUUCACUCAGCGGUGCAAGAUCCUCAUCUCUGGCGUUGGGGGUCUCGUGAACCCGAACCGCUUCGAUGUCCCUGGGGCUCAAAACUUCAAGGGCGACAUCGUUCAUACGGCCCGCUGGAAUCCCAAUCUCGACCUGACAGGCAAACAUGUGCUUGUCGUGGGAAAUGGAUGUUCUGCCGCCCAACUUGUCCCGGCCAUCGCGGACCAGACGAAAACUGUCACGCAGUUCAUGCGGACACCGCAUCAUAUCAUGCCCAGCCAGAAUUACGAGAUAUCGCCGACGUGGCGAAUCAUCUUCCGUUGCGUGCCUGGCCUGCUCUUUCUCAUCCGCCUUUUGAUGUUCCUGUAUAUGGAGACUGGAUUUCUUCAGUUCGGGAAAGGCAAAGCGGAGUCGGCGUCUCGAAGGAGCUCAGCACAGUUGAGCGCUGGUCAUGUUCGGAAUACAGCACCCGAGAAAUACUGGGGCUUAUUAACGCCCGAUUUCGAAUUCGGCUGCAAGAGACGAGUCUUCGACCACGGAUAUCUCAACUGUCUCAAUAGAGAUAAUAUCCGCCUCACCGAUGACCGCAUUAUCCACGUUAAAGAACACUCCGUCCUGACCAAAUCAGGGGAUGAAAUCUUCGCCCACGCCAUCAUCCUCGCCAACGGAUUCGCCCUGACGCAAUGGGAUGUGGACAUCCGCGGUCGAAACGGCAUCACCCGGAAACAGCACUGGGAGAAAUACGGCAGCAAAUCAGCGUUCCAGUCCAUCGCGAUGAGCGACUUUCCGAAUUUCUUCACCCUGAUCGGUCCGAACUCCGGGCGUGCGCAUACGUCGACUUUGUUGUCUAUUGAAAGUUAUACUAAUUUAAUUCUCUCGGCGAUUGAGCCUGUGCUUAAUGGCUCUGCUCGCUCUGUGGAGGUCAAGGCGUCCAGUGAGAGGAGGUUUAAUAGCGAUGUUCAUCUGGCGUUGGAGCAGAUGGUUCAGAAUGCGUCCUGCGCGAGUUACUUCAUCGACAAGGAUACUGGGAAAAACUGGUUUGUUUAUCCGUGGAAUUCGUUGCAGCUGUGGUGGUCUACGUGGCGGAGAUGCGAUGAUGAUUGGGUAUAUCAGAAGAUUUAG